AUAUUUACUGGGUGCCUCACAUUUAUAUUGGCAAUGUUUAUUGAGAUAACGUUUGAUAUCGCAUGAGAAUCACCUGGGGCUCAUUUUCAUUCGAUACUUUCACUGAGGCAGAUUUCACUUGUUUAUCAUCAAUUGAAUGGUGAUUAUCUGUGACCCACGAUGAAACGUGAGGUAAUCAACAAUCUUAAUCGACAAAUAUCAAUAAUUAUUAACUUAAUGAUAAUCAGAUUCAAGAUGAUGCGCCAACUCGCGCUCCUUAUUUUCGGAGCCGCCAUGGUUAUGGCCCAAAGGAGAUUAGCACUUCCAGAUCCAAGAAGCUGUGCAAAUAGGGUACGUCAUGCGACCUACAGGGAUGCCCGUGGUGUCACCCAUUCUUACUUCUUCAGUUGGGAACAUCAAGCUACCAAGGGAUUGGACGUAGAUUGGUUAGAUGCUCGUAACAUCUGCAGGAGACAUUGCAUGGAUGCCGUGUCUUUGGAGACACCGCAGGAGAACGAAUUCGUGAAGCAGCGCAUCGCCAGAGGAAACGUGCGCUACAUCUGGACUUCCGGCAGGAAAUGUAACUUCGCAGGAUGCGACAGGGCCGAUCUUCAACCAGCCAACAUCAACGGAUGGUUCUGGUCCGGAUCCGGAGCCAAGAUUGGACCAACCACCCAAAGGAACACCGGCGAUUGGAGCCACACCGGAGGAUAUGGACAACAACAACCUGAUAACAGAGAAGCCGCUCAGGGCAAUGAUGAAUCUUGCUUAUCCAUUUUGAACAACUUCUACAAUGACGGACUCAAAUGGCACGAUGUCGCUUGUCACCACGUCAAGCCUUUCGUCUGCGAAGACAGCGAGGAACUCUUGAACUUCGUUGCUAACCGCAACCCAGGAAUCCGUCUAUAAAUCAUCAACUCCGAAUCAUCUGAAGAAGAGCAAAUUAAUAAUGAUUAGGAUUAAGUUUGUGGCAUUUUUUUAUACAUAUAUUUAUUUCCGCAUGUGAAUAAUUCGCUUCAAUCUACGUCUUUCUUCUGAUUUUUUUUUCUUGUAUAGAGUAGAAGAAUAUUGGAUAUAAAAAAAAGAUUAUAUGA